ACAGAGGGGUGUCUUAUUAGCCUGAGAAGAAUCUACGAAGGCAGGCACAUGUUCUUUCAAACAACAAUGCAAGGAAGUGUUUGAAGCAGAUGAGGGCACUGUGGAAUUACUGGAACUUUUCUCCUGGCUCUCUAUUCCAACACUCUAAUUCCUUUAGAGAAUUUCAUGUAAGGAAACCCCUCCGGAGCCAUGGUCUGAAAUGUGUAAAAUUUGCCAUGAGAGUGUCAGGCAUUUCAUACUUUGCUUCCAAAACAGCUAAGUAACCUGGGUUGGAUAUUUCAGUAUUUUCCUCACUAAGUCACUGCUGUGGGGUGCACGAGAGGACGGUGAUGUGAACCUCCUUCUUCUCCCUGAGCUCAGAGGCCCCCCGAGAAGAUGCUAGUAUCUAAGGAGGGUUCAGCUGGAUUUUACGGGAAUUUCUCAUGCUUUUGUGGCUCUGGAAAUGCUUGAGUACCAGUGAAGUGCUGCUUCCUGGCCGACAUAGAGCUCAGGAUUAUGUUACUUGCUGUGUUUUUGACAGUGGUGGUCAGUUUUGCUGUGGCAAACAAUAUACUGGUCCCUGAAAAGACAUGCUUGAAUGGAUACCAUCUGGCUGAGGAUAAUUCAACCUGUGUUGAUCCAGACCCUUAUCUUAUCUUCAGCCCUGGCAAUGCAAUCUUCAGGAUCGAUGCAGAUGGAAGGAAUCUCAGGAGGAUAGUAGCCAAUGCUGGGAAAUCAGUCUUUCUUGAUUACCACUACAUUGAGGGUAGAAUAUACUGGGUGAACUCUGCUGCAGGUCUCCUUGAGAGGGCUUUCAUAAAUGGAACAAAAAAGGAGAAAGUGCUUUCCUCAGGAAAAGGUAUUUCAGGCUUUGCUGUGGACUGGCAACGGAACAGAGCCUUUUGGACGAACCACCGAAGGAGAAACAUUGAAACAGCUGAGACAAGUGGAAAGAAUGUAAAGGUCCUUCUGCAGAACCUCUCUCAGCCGCGAGGUAUAAUUGUUGAUCCAAACAACAGCAUGAUUUUCUGGAUUUCGGAUGGAUCAAUGCCAAGCAUCCAUCGGGCAAAUCUUGAAGGUGAAAUGACAACAACAGUUUUGAAGACAACUCACCGGCUUAUAACAAUCUCUCUGGAUAUUGUUGACAAAAGACUGUUUUGGGUUCAAUUCAGUUCAGAGGAUGGGAGUGUUGUUGGAUCGUGUGACUACAAUGGAAAUUUCAUUCAUAUUCUAAAGCAAACACUGGGAUCCCAUCCUCUGUCAAUAUCUCUGUUUAUGGACAGCCUUUACUACUCUGACGUGAUGAAUGGAACCAUAAGACGAGUGAAUAAAUACAUUGGUGAAGAUGUCGUGAAUAUCGGUCCUAAAUAUUCACUUCAUCCUCCUGUUGAAGUGAAGGUGGUGCAUCCUUUCAAGCAACCAAUGGCAGGAGAACCUUUUUUUCUCAGCUUAGCAGGUGGAAGGUGUGAUGAGCUGAAGGAGAAUUGCACAAGGGUGUGCUCCAGGCACACACAGACAGGACAGUGCAAAUGCAGUGAAGGAUAUGUCCUCAACAAAUAUGGAAAUUACUGUGAAGAUCACAGAAUUCACCCUGUGUUACCUGUUGAGCUACUUGGGAGGCCACACUGUGCAUUUUUGACACUGAAAACCAACUUCAGCCUUCAGAUCAUAUCAGAUGUCAAUGAAUGUGCGUUUUGGAACCAUGGCUGCACUUUAGGAUGUGUUAACAUUCCUGGAUCCUAUUUCUGUACCUGUCCUGACAAUUUUGUGUUGCUUCCUGACAUGAAAACCUGUCAAGAGGUACUCCCUUGUGCAAACAACUUUACAGAAUGUAGUCAUGGAUGUAUUCAGACAGAUAAAGGAAACAUCUGUUUCUGUCCAGAAGGAUCCAUACUGAGACCAGGUGGAAAAAAAUGUACAGGGUGCUCUUCAUCAGACAAUGGAGGCUGCAGUCAGACCUGUGUGCUUCUGAGUCCUGUGACGUGGGAGUGUGAAUGUUUGCCCGGCUAUCAACUGGAACCAGAUGGAAAACACUGUGCUGCUUUAGGACCUAUGUCUUAUUUGCUGUUAGCAAACACCAUUGGUAUUCAACGGAUCAGCAUUGAUGGAACAAGUUACAAUAGUCUGGUGGAGGAGCAUAUGGAAAGUAUCUUAGCUUUGGACUAUGACCCAGUUGAAAAAAAGGUCUAUUUCACCAACACAGCCCUAAAGAGGAUAGAGAGAGCAAACCUGGAUGGCAGAGAAAGAGAGGUUCUGGUUCACAAGGAUGUAGAUUUACCCGAAGGGCUUGCAGUGGACUGGAUUAACCGCAAGUUGUACUGGACUGACCGCAGGUUGUCGAGUAUUGAGCGAAGUGAUUUGAGUGGAUUAAACAGGGAAAUGGUCAUCAGAGAGGAUAUUCACAAGCCAAGGGCAAUAACUCUGCAUUCAGUGGCAAAGAAGUUGUUCUGGACAGAUGUGGGUGAGAGACCAUCUCUGGAGAGUGCUUCUUUGGAAGGUGGUGACCGAGUCAUUAUUGCCAACACAAGCCUAGUCUAUCCCAGUGGGCUGACCAUAGAUUAUGUGGAGGAUAAGCUGUACUGGUGUGACAGCAAGCGAUCAGUUAUUGAAGUAGCAGAUCUGGAUGGCUCCAACCGCCGGAUUUUGACACACAAUGAAGUAGGCCAUCCCUUUGAUGUUGCUGUAUUUGAAGAUUACGUCUGGUUCACUGAUUGGGCCACAUCUUCUGUCGUGAGAGUAGAUAAGAGGAGUGGGCAAAAUCGAGUGCGUCUCCAUGGCAACAUGGAGAGGCCCUCUGCCGUGGUCAUUGUUCAUCCAUUAGCCAAACCUGGGGCCAAUCCCUGCCUUUAUAAAAAUGGUGGGUGCAGUCAGUUGUGUGAGAACAAGUUUGGAGUGGCUCACUGCUCAUGUGAUAAACACUUUAUCGAAACUGCUAGUGGAAGAGCUUGCAGACCAGUUGAUGCAACCAUGACAACACCAGCAUCUGGAGAUACACCUUCUCGUAGCCUGUUUUCCUUAAACAAUAAAACAUUAAGAGAUGACAGCUUUCCCCUGUCCAUCUCUAGUCCAUCUUCUUCAGCUGGAGAGGCAGAUGUUGAAGAAGAACAGACAGAAGACACACUGGUCACAGAGAAAAUGGUGUCAGACCAAGAUGACUGCUCUUCCCUGCGGUGUGACUUCAAUGCAAGAUGUCUUCCACAUGAAGGCAGUGCAGCCUGUCAGUGUGUUGAUGGCUUUACAGGAGAUGGUGAAAAUUGCAGAGAUAUUGAUGAGUGCACUAUUGGCAUUGCCCCGUGCAACAGACAAGUGUCAGACUGCAUCAACACAGAAGGGAGCUAUCUCUGCGAAUGCCAUGCUGGGUAUAUUGGAGAUGGCCUACACUGCUCUGAAUCGAUUACCGCUACCUCAUUGGUAAAGACCAUCAGCCCUCAUGAAACAACCACACAGUGGCCAACCAAUAAUCUCAUUGAGAGCUGCCCCUCUUCACAUGAGACCUACUGUCUCUAUGGAGGAGUCUGCUUUUACAUUCCCGAGAUUGGAUCCUAUGCCUGCAACUGUGUAAAGGGCUACAUGGGCGAACGCUGCCAGUUCAGUGAUCUGGAGUGGUGGGAAUUGCAGCAGAAGGAGGAGGAGAAGAGACGGAGCCUUACUAUCGCCGUCUGCAUGGUGAUACUUAUCUCUCUGCUCUCCGCGGCAGCCUGUAUAACGUACUGCUAUGGGGCAAAAAGACACUCCCCAAAGAGUCAUGAUGCUGAUGAACUGAGUGACACAUGCAGCAAUGUCGACAGUGUGACUGAAACUAUGACUAACAGCACACAACAGUUCUAUGUUAUGCUAGAGCAUGGUUCAGAUGGGGAAGGCAACAUCAUGCAUGUCAUUGGGGGUAAACGAACGUGUCCUUCUUGCUCAUCUGAAACAGGGGAGAGCUUUGUGUCUGAGGAACCAUCCCCAAAAGAGAAGAAAAGCUCAGGAUUCUCACCCGAGUUGUCUAACGGCCCCCAUCAACUGGGGAUGGAGGCCAACAGGACUGGCCUCCACCUGGAUAAAAGAGAUAUUCUCUCUUUUCUGGAGGAAAAUCAACUGGCUGGGAUUGGGCCAAGUACAGUAGUACCCCAACCUGUCGGAGACUAGUUCUACCAGUGUUCUGCAUUACACACUGCAGGGGAUUAAUAAAUACUCUCAAGUUAAUCCAUGUAAGCUAUCUGAGGGUAGUACUCCACAUCUGAUUAAGCUAUUCACGUAUCUUUUUGCAUCUGAAUGAAGUACUUCUGAAAGGGAACGGAGUAAAAUUUGUUCCGAUGUAGAAGUAGCAAUAGAGAUUGAAAAGAAGAAUUAUUUAUUUGUAUGCUUUCUGUUUACUGCUGCUGAAUCUUCUUUGAUGAUACACAGAAAUUAAAGUAUUGUUAACAGCUUGUGUUUGCCUUUUGCCAGAUAAGGGACCAAGAAUAUUAAUUUUUGAAUUAAUUAAUUAAUAGAUGUCUAAAAUUAUCACAUUAUUAGGUUCAAAGAAUUUAGCUCUUGUCACACACCCAGGAGGGGAGUGAGAACUUCCAUACUGGCUAAAUGAAAUUCAAUUUUAAACUACAUCAUUCCCUAAUUACAAAUUACAAAUAGCUACAUUCAGCAGGAUAAAGGUUUCAGAAGGGAUUUAAUGCUAAGCUAUUAAACCUGUGUGCUAACACUGGAGAUAGGAAGUAAGUACAGUAUGGUUUUUAAAAAAAACAUUUUGAUGGUUUCAUUUGAGAACUGACAUCUUUUAUAUACAUGUAUCGAUAGUGUGCUACACUGGUGGCUGGAACUAGCAGCUACUGUAUGUGAAUAUUAGGAGUAUUGUUAUGAUUUGCCAAAAAUAAACUAGGAUUAAUUUACUAAACUAAAGUCUUAACACAAAGAGUUCAAACAGCUAACUUUAAAUUAUUGUUAAUUAGCUGUAUAAAAAUGGAGGAGUUUUAGUAGAACCAAUUUAAAGUGUUUUAGCUCCCAGAGGGGUGUAAGUGUACAAAAAUAUCCUUCUAGUUAUGGUUAUGUACUGAGCAAGUUUUAUUUCAGAACUUUACACUUUCCAGAGCUUAAAUCAAUUAACAAAGAAAAUUAAAAAAAUAAUUUAACACUGCAAGCUCUUAUCCAUUUCCCUGGUUUUGAGAAAUAUGUUUUUAUUUAUACAGUGUUUCAUUAUAUUUCUUGCAUUCUUGUAUUUUGCUUUUACAUAGAGAGGUAUUUAAGAAAUAAUGUUUUUUUUUUAUUUUAGAAUCACUGUUAAUAAAUAGGGCUCAUUGAUACGAUUGUACACUCACAGCACUCAAAAUCACAGGUAUCUUAGUGUUUGGUGUUAAUCAGGAGGUCAGGUGGUUUCAAGCCAACCUCUAGUCUACUGAACCUCUGCCAAUAAUUAUUCCCAACCAUGACCUUAAAUGAUAAUGUUGGUUUUAUUUCAAUAUGUGUUAUUUAACUUACUGAAGCUACAGUAUCUAAACCCAUUUAAGAGCUGAAAACAUAUUUGAUCUUGUAAGUAAAUCUAUGCAAUUGCUAGUUCUCUUAGGGGCUGCAUUUAGUAAAGGGGAGGCCAGCUUGAAACUACCAUGCAGCGUUUGUCCAAUUCUGUGCUCAGCUUUGGGGAGUCACAAUCCCUUGUCAGAUACUGUACAGCAGGUUAUCUCUGGUGUAUUCUGGAUCUCUGGUCCAACCUAUACAGGGGCCUUUUUGUUUCAUUUAGUUCAACGUUCCUAUUAGUAGUUAAUGGUGAUGUGCAUUGUGCAUAUCCUUAAUUUAAAACCACAAUGUCUGCAUAGAAUAUGGUAACAACAGCUACUUAGUAUUUUCAAAGUACUAGACAGCACGUUGGACUAUUAUACUCAGUGUAACUCGAUGUUUAGUUUUUUGCAGGGUUGUUUGCUAGGCUAUUAACAUUAGAAGCAAAAUUUUUAGGUAGCAAGCCAUGCUUUAGAAAAAAUAAAUAUUGACCACAUACAAGCAAUAUACAACUGGACAACUGUCUAUAAGUAGUAACUAUCCUUGAAAAUAAAAAUAGUGAAAACUUCUUAUACUUCUGGUGAGGUAAUAUAAAUAAAACCAUCUUAUUUUUUAAGGGUAUCAUUUUCUGCUAAUGUCCCAAGAAUAAGAAACUGAACUCAGGGCAUCAGCACUGCAGACAAGCACAGCACUUCUGUAACAGCACAAAAACACAAAUCCAGGAAUACAGGCAUCAUCAGGGGAUUAACCCUCCUGUGGUAAUGGUGUGCUUUCUUGUGGUGCAUACAAUGUGAUUUGACAUGCCCUUCACGUCCUGUUCAUUGUGUGAAAACUGGAUCUGAGCAACUUUGCAAUACCAUCUUUUUACUUUUGCUCCUACAUAAAGCUUUGUUGAGUUUUAAUUCGGUUACCCAUCAUGUAUAAGUUUCCUUUCAUUUUUCCUUUCAAAAUAAAAUAGCAGUCUUUUCUGUUGCUUUUCUA